AUGUUAUUUGUCUCCCUGGCUGAGUCUGAGGGAAAUACUCUGAAAUACCAGACCAACGAGGAGCGGAGUCCAGGAACAGUGAUCGGAAACCUGGCCAAGGACAUGUCCUUGAGUCGCUCUUUUAGCUCCAAGACUAAUUUUAGAAUGAUGAAAAAAUUCAACAAUUCUUUUGUCAGGGUGAGAGAAAGCGACGGGGAGCUUACUGUCGGGGAAAGGAUUGACAGAGAGAGAAUCUGCAGGCACACUUUACAGUGUCUCAUCACUUUUGAUGUUGUCAGCUUUUCAAAAGAGAGGUACAAUUUGAUUCAUGUCGAGGUGGAGGUAAAAGACAUUAAUGAUAACUCUCCGGAGUUUCCAAACAAGGAAUAUACAGUGGAGAUCUCUGAAAAUGCUGAUGUGGGGUUCCGUAUUUCUUUGGACCCAGCCGAGGACGCAGACGUCGGAUCAAACUACAUCCAAAGCUAUCAAAUUUCUGUCAACAGUCAUUUUUCCAUUGAUGUGCUUUUGAGAGCAGAUGGGGUUAAAUAUGCGGAGUUGGUGCUAAUGAAAGAGUUAGACAGGGAGACUCAGUCAUCUUAUGCGAUGGAGCUUAUUGCCACCGACGGAGGAAACCCAUUUAGCUCGGGUUCAACAACAAUAACAAUAAAAGUGACAGACUUUAAUGACAACCGUCCUGUUUUUGACCAGAAUAAUUUCUCGGUCACUUUGCCCGAGGACGCACCGGUUGGAUUCGUUUUAUUGGACUUAAAUGCAGUUGAUCCAGAUGAGGGUUUAAACGGAGAGGUGGUCUAUGGAUUCGGAAAACAGGUUUCUGCGGAGAUCCGAGCACUUUUCGAAGUGUACAGUCAAUCCGGGCGCCUAACACUCAAGAACCCAGUGGAUUUUGAGACCAAGAAAACAUAUGAGUUAGACGUGCAGGCGACUGAUCUAGGAGCCAACCCGAUCCCCACUAUCUGUAAAAUAAUAAUUAAUGUCAAAGACGUUAAUGACAAUGCCCCAGAAAUAAGUAUUACGCCAAUGACCUCCAUCUCAACGGGCAUCGCAUAUAUCAGCGAGACCGCAGACAAGGACAGCCUAGUGGCGCUGAUCAGCACCGCGGACAGGGACUCGGGCGUUAACAGCCAGGUCCAUUGCACCUUAUAUGGGCACGACCAUUUCAAACUUAAACAGGCCUACGAGGACAGCUACAUGAUUGUCACCGCAGCAGCCCUGGACAGGGAGAAGAUAAGCGAGUACAAUUUAACUGUGAUGGCUGAAGAUUUCGGGUCACCUCCAUUGAGAAAAAUCACACAAUACACCAUAAGGCUAAGCGACGAGAAUGACAACGCCCCACACUUUACUAAACAUGUCUAUGAAGUUUCUGUCGUAGAAAAUAAUGCACCAGGGGCAUAUAUUACAACUGUUGAGGCCAGAGAUGCAGACUUGGGGACUAAUGGCAAAAUUACAUACAGACUAUUAGACAGUGUUAUAAUGGGAUCACCUGUCAACACGUUUGUAUCUCUAAAUGCAAUCUCUGGUUCAAUAUAUGCACUGAGAAGCUUCAACUAUGAAGUCAUGAAACAUCUGGAGGUACACAUCCAGGCAAGCGAUGGGGGGUUACCUCAGCUUCAGAGCAGUGCCAUCAUCAAUCUAAAAAUAGUUGAUCAGAAUGACAACGCUCCGUCCAUCACGGAGCCCAUCCUUAAUAAGGGAUCUGCUGAGGUUUUCCUGCCCAAACAUGCACCUGCAGGUUAUGUUGUAACCCAGAUAAAGGCCACGGAUGCUGAUGAAGGCAUAAACGCGCAGCUGUCUUACAAUAUCACAGAGGGGGGACACUUGGGUUUCUCCAUUAACAAGGUUACUGGGAAGUUACAUGUGAGUUGUGAGCUGAACUACGACCUGUCUGAAACACUGAGAGUCCUUGUGGCUGUCAACGACAAUGGAACACCUUCUCUGACCUCCACAGCCACUAUACACCUCACUCUCAUCGAAGGCACCCCUCCCAGUGUUCCUGCUAUGGUCCAAAACGACAGCGAGGAAGUCUUUCAAUGGGACAUGUCCAUAGCCAUUAUCAUUGCCUUAGCAGGGAGCUGCUCCCUCCUCUUGCUAGGCAUCAUCCUGAUCACUACCACCUGCAGUCGACACAAACGGAAGAAGAGAGAGGGUUAUUCAACACUGCCCGGCUAUAGGAAAGAAACCCUCCGACCCAUAACCAUAUGGAAGGGCAACUCAUUCACAACCAUCUCAGCCAGAGAUCCUCAGUUCAGUGGGAAGGACAGUGGGAAAGGAGACAGUGACUUUAAUGACAGUGACUCUGACAUCAGUGGAGAUGGACACAAAAAAGACUCCCCACCGAUAAACAUUUUGGCUGUUGUUUCCACAGGUCUCUGGGCCUGCACCAGUGAGUGUAAAAUCCUAGGCCACUCAGACCGAUGCUGGAGCCCUUCAGCCUCUAGACCCAACACCAGCCUCUCCCACGGACCACACCUCUCAACCUUCUCCAAGACAGCCUCGUUGCCACGAAACACUCUGCAAAGAGACACCUACUACCAACAGGCUCACCUACCCAAGACCAACGGUCUGCAAAGCGUCUAUGAAAAAGUCCAGCACCAAGAAUUUGAUUAUAUUCUGGUUUGUCCACCAACACCAGCCAGGAUACUAGAGACUGGUGAGAUAUCCCUCCCGGAGUAUGGACACUCUUAA